GGCGCCGCCUGAAAAAGGGGCGUGAAGUGUCGCGAGAGUCGGCUCCGAACCUGCGCUUUCUCUGCCUCCUCCUUAGCUUUAGAGUAGGGGGUCAAGCUCCGAGUUUGGGGUCCUGAGUUCGUCAUGGCCGCCUGCGGAACCGCAGAGGAGCGGCAGCCUUUGCUGGGCGAGCAGGACCCGGGGAGCAGUCAGUGGGAUGUUAUAGAAACUGAAGAGCAUUAUAGGAGUCGAUGGCGUUCCAUUCGCAUCCUAUAUCUCACUAUGUUUUUCAUUAGUGUAGGAUUUUCGAUUGUAAUUAUGUCAAUAUGGCCAUUCCUCCAAAAGAUUGAUCCCACAGCAGAUACAAGUUUUUUGGGUUGGAUUAUUGCUUCUUAUAGUCUUGGCCAAAUGGUAGCUUCGCCUAUAUUUGGCUGGUGGUCUAAUUUUAGACCAAGGAAAGAACCUCUUGUGAUCUCAAUCUUCAUUUCAGUGGCAGCCAAUUGCCUCUAUGCCUAUGUCCAUGUACCUCACUCCCACAAUAAAUACUACAUGCUGGUUGCUCGUGGAUUUGUGGGAUUUGGAGCAGGAAAUGUAGCAGUAGUUAGAUCUUAUAUUGCUGGUGCUACUUCCCUUCAAGAAAGAACCAGUGCUAUGGCCAACACUAGCGCUUCUCAGGCCUUUGGCUUUAUCCUGGGUCCAGUUUUUCAGACAUGUUUUGCCCUGAUUGGAGAAAAGGGAGUAACAUGGGAAGCCAUUGAUCUUCAGGUGAACAUGUAUACAGCCCCAGCUCUACUCGGUGCUUUUUUGGGAGUUAUCAAUAUUAUCUUGAUCUUUGCUAUGUUAAGGGAACAUCGUGUGGAUGAUUCAGGAAGACAGUGUAAAAGCGUAAAUUUUGACAAAGCAAGCACAGAUGCAAUUCAUGACACUCAAGGAAGCAUUGAUCAAGUUGCUGUUGUCACCACCAACAUUCUUUUCUUCAUCACCCUGUUUAUAUUUGCUCUUUUUGAAACCAUUGCUACUCCGCUAACAAUGGAUAUGUAUGCUUGGACCAGAGAACAAGCAGUUUUAUAUAAUGGAAUAAUACUAGCUAUUGUUGGAGUUGAAGCUGUCAUUGUUUUCAUGGGCAUGAAAACACUUUCCAAAAAAACUGGAGAGCGUAUACUUCUGCUUGGAGGAUUCAUAGUUGUUUUAAUUGGAUUCUUUAUUUUGUUACCUUGGGGAAAUCAGUUUCCAAAGAUACAGUGGGAAGAUUUACAUAAUAAUUCGAUUCCUAAUAAAUCAUCUGGAGAAAAGGUUAUGUAUUUUUGGAAGUUAUCAACAGGAAAUUCUAGUGAAGCUCCAACUGGCUGCCCAGUGCAGCAGUCCUGGUGUUUUUACACUCCAGUGAUUCACUUGGCCCAGUUCGCCGUUGCUUCUGCGCUAAUAGGGAUAGGCUAUCCAGCCUGCAGUGUUAUGUCUUAUACUUUAUACUCAAAAAUUUUGGGACCAAAACCUCAGGGCGUCUACAUGGGCUGGUUAACAGCUUCUGGAAGUGGAGCAAGGAUUCUUGGACCAGUGUUUAUUAGCCAAACAUAUAUUUACCUAGGGCCUCGAUGGUCAUUUGGCUUAGUCUGUGGAAUCAUUAUAUUAAGUAUCAUACUUGUGGGAGCAGUUUAUAAGAGAUUGAUUGCUUUUUCUGUACGACAUGGGAGGGUUCAAGAGUAAGCUUAGGAUAGUUAAGUUGAAAAGGUAAAGAGCUUCAUAUCAAUAUUGCUAUGAGUCUGGGAUAUUUAUUUCUAGAAAAAGAGGUGAAUUUUAUGAAGGCUCAUGUUAAUAUUCUAAGUCUUAUAAUAUGUAUUAAAAACAGGCUAAAUUUUGCCCCUCUUGGCAAGUUAAUUCUUCUUAGAUUGUAUCAAACUUCCAUAUUUACUAGGUGAAACAGAUUUAUUUUACAUUGUCCAAACUAAUGAUCAAACAGCAAUAUAUAAAGAUUAGCAACAUUCUUUUUUUUUCCCUGAGGCAAUUGGAGUUAAGUGACUCGCCCAGAGUCACCCAGCUGCAACAUUCUUAUAUGCUAAAGCUGCACUUGUUUUAAUAAAUUAGUUUUGAAUCAGGUUUAUAAUCAUUUUGAUUAUAUCAGUUUAUUGAUUUAUAUCAAUUAUAAUUUAUUGAUUAUAUCAAUUAUUGUUGAUUAUAUUUUUAAAAAGACCACAAAGAAAAUCAUCUUCCUAGGUUCAAAUAAUUGAUUGUUUAUAAUCAGAGAACUAAAACAAAAGUGUAGAAACUACUGAUUGUAGUGUUGGGUUAGAGAGACUAGCUCCAAAUUUUCACACCACAAAAAAAUUAGAAAUGUAUAUUACUAUAGGUUAUAUUGUUGUUCAGUUGUUUUAGUCAUGUGCAACAUGAAUCCAUUUGGGGUUUUCUUGGCAAAGAUAUUAGAGUAUUGCCAUUUUCAUUCUCCAGCUUUUUCUUUAAGAAAAAAAAAAAUGAGAAAACUGAAACAAACAAGGUUAAGUGACUUGCUCAGGGGCAUACAUGUAGUGAAUGUCAGAGCCCAGAGUUGAAUUCAUAAAGAUAAGUCUUUCUGACUCCAGUCCAGGCACUCUAUCCACUGUACUACCUAGCUAUACUGUAGGGUUUUUUUAUGUGGGACCACUCUUGGGUCAGGAUGACGUUAAGUUCAUCUUAAUUCAAGUCCCAUCUCUGGUGCAUUCUAGACCUCGGCAGGUCUCUUCACACUCAGUACCCCCAGACAACUCUUUUAAGAGUAUAAACACAGAAUAAGUACCAUCUGCCUUAGCAAAGGAAGUUUACUUGCUGAUAAUUCCUUAAGUCAAUAACUGGCUCCCUGCCUCUAAAAAUACAAGAAUGUUAAAUUACAAAAUUAGUACUUUAUUUUUCAUCGCCCAAUCCCUUUUUUGAAGUCUGAACAGUGUGUAAAGUAGUAGGCUUUAGGCUAGGUACUAAGAGAGGCAGAUUCUGUAAAAGCACCUGACCCUCCAGAUUCUUCCUUAGUAGAGGAGAUAACACAAAUAAUUCCACAUAGAGUUAAGUGCGAGAGAGAGAGAGAGAAAAUGAAUCUAGAAAAAGGCUUCUAUGAGGCACUCACUUUUACUUGAGUAAGAUCAGAAUAGCAUUUGACUUCACUUAGAGAAUGGUCAGGGUUUCAACUCAAGGCAGAGAAGGGGGAAUUCCAAGAAAAAAAAAAAGUUUGAGAAUAGUGGGGAACUCACAGAAAAGCAGGCAUCUGAUUGGGCCAAAGUAGAGCAUCAGCAUUAAGAAAAGUUCAUGAUGGAGCUUGCCUUCUAAACAGAUUGGGGAGGGAAGGGAAAGAAAAAGAGAAUUUUGAACUGGAAAUAAAAUAUGAUUGAAUUUUUUAGAAAAGAAAAUGAGAUGAAGAAUACUGAGGUUACUUUGGAACAAAGUUGUAGAAAGGUAUAAUUGCCAAGCUAAUGAGUUUAGAAUUUACCUGGUAAACAAAGGUUUGCCCAAGAUUUCAUUAAAUGAUUCUUUAAUUGAAAUGUACUCAUAAGGGGCUGCUAGGUGGUGCAGUGGUUAGAGCAUCAGCCCCAAAGUCAGGAGGACCUGAGUUCAAAUGUGACCUCAGACACUUAACACUUCCUAGCUGUGUGACCCUGGGCAAGUCACUUAACCCCAAUGCCUCAGCAAAAAAAAAAAAAGAAAAGUUCAAUGCUCUGAGCAUUUUUUUAAAAGGUGAAGAGAUGUUAAUAUUUUAACCCUUGCAUCUCUCAGUAAUGGCAAAGGCAAGAGAAUAGUGGUCAGGUUAUUCCUUCACAUCAAAAUGUGAGAUAUUUAGGAAAAACCCUAAAAGUUCUUAGAGAUUCAGACUAAUAGUUUUAAUUGCUCUCCUAAUUUUAUAGGUUUUACUAUGUUUGUCCUGGAUUUUACUGAAUUGUACUAUCUAUGUAAACAUUUCUACCUCUAUAGUAAGGGGAUAUUUUAAAAGGAUUGGUAGUCUAGGUUCAUUGACAAAAUGCAGAAAUCUUCAAAUGGCUUUUCUAAACCAGUUUUCUUCUAUAAGCUCUGAUUGUUUUUACUUCUAACUGUGAUACUAUAAUUUAUACUUAAAUUGCACUAAAUUUAACUUUAUUUCUUGUAGUUAAUUCUCUCAUCUUUUAAGUGAAGUUGUUAAUCUUGGUUUAAUUUGCAAUUUUACUCAGGGAGCUGUUUUCACUAUCCAUUGUGCUUCCCACAUCAGAAUUUCCCUUCAGUUAGGUAGAUAGACCAAGUUGUGGUGACUCAGUUGGAUUCACUCACCAAUUCCUUCUGGCAUAUUUAUUAUGCUAUAGUCCUCAUCUUGGGCAGUGACUAAUUCUAGAAGAAAAAUUUGCCCCUUAGUGCUUAAAGGUGGUCAUAAAGAACAAGGAGGCUUCAGGAAGAACAAUUAGUAUAAAUGUAAUGAUUAAACUAGACCUUAGCUAUGACACAAGUAUAUCUAUUAUAGGGUUUGAAAAACAUACAGUCCUGCAUUGAAGGGCAUCAGUUAUUCAGAGCCUUACUGGAGCAAAUGCCUUCAGUAGCCACUUACUAAUUAUUUACUAUGUAUCUCAAACUGAUACCAAAAAGCAUAGUCUUGAUCCUCAAAAAAUUUACAUUCUACUGAGUAUAUUCUCACCAGUUGUAAAAGGGUAAAAUGGAGUUUUUUUUGAAGUAAAAAAAAAAAUUUGAAAUACCUUGUGAAUUUCAAACUAAAAGUCAUGCAUAAGUUCAUUAGUUAUUUACCAAAAGAAAGUAAGUGGCUUUGAGUUGGCCUUUUCUGGUACAUGUCUUGUUUUACUCUUCAUUAUUAGAUAUGUAUGAUUCUUCAUAACUCCAUUUUGGAUUUUCCUGGCAAAGAUUGUAAUGGUUUGCCAUUUCUUUCUCCCAUUCAUUUUAUGGUUGUGCAAAUAGAGUGAAAUGAUCACUCGGCUAAUAAAUGUCUGAGGUCAGAUUUGAAUCAGAUCUUCUUGUCACCAGGCCUGGAGGUUUAUCUACUGAGCCACAUAGCUAUCAGUUUAAGAUUAAGGGUGAAGAUUGAAUUUGUUAUUUUCAUACUAUUUGUAACAUAGGGACAGACAACAUCUAUGACCACUUUUUAUAAUCUAAGGAACACUAACUUAUGAAGUGUUUUGUUUGUUUUUUAUCUUACUCACUGGCAGUAUAAAAGCUUCUGAUUAACACUGAGAGAAAAGGAAAUGUCAAAGCCUUUAAUAUAGUAGGCCAUUCUGGAGAAUCACAUGAUUUUCUUUGGCCAAGGAAGUAGUUGACAAACCUGACAAGUCUCAAGGGGAACACAUUCAGGACAAGUUUUUAAAAAGAUGGUAGAAGUUUAUGGUGUUAAAAACUAUUUCCAAAAUUAGAUUAAAUUACUUGAAAGAAAAGAAUAUUGUGGACUAUUUUGUGAUUUAAUGUCUUAAGUUAUGAAUUCUCAGUAUGUGUAGUUUGUACAUAUGUAUGUAUUUUAUAUGCAGUGAUUUUUUUAAAAGUCAGUGAUGCCUCUUGUAAGAUAUAUUUAUAAUGUACUUAUUACAGAGCACCCUGGGCAGAUAUUUGUGUUCUGUUCAUUCAAGGUGUUUUUGAGCAUCUCUUGAGUUUUUUAAUUUGCUCUGAGGAGCUGAUGAAGAUUAGUGAGCAGAGGAGUGAUAUUUGCAUUAUGACAACAGAAUGGAUUGGCAAUAGAUAAUCACGGUUGAAUGAAGAGUGAAAGGACAUAUAUGAGUAAAAGCCAUCAGAACUCUGGCUAAUAAGGAAUUCUGAAGACUGGCAAUGAAUGUUUCAGUCCUCUGAAGGGAGGAUGCAAACUGUAGGUGCGGUAUCCCUCCUGCUGUUGAUUUGUAUUGUCUAACUGUACUGUUCAAUAAGGGAAGGUCAUUGAGAAAUGACAACAAUAUAAAAAUAUCAAUAAAACUUUUUUUUUUUUUACAAAAGACUA